AUGGCUCCUCAAAUACUAUGGAUUGGUCUGGGGAACAUGGGAAGAGGAAUGGUGAAGAACUUGGUGGAAAAAGGCGACCUGGACAAGCCCGUGCUCUUAUACAACCGGACUAGAAAGCGUGCCGAAGAGCUAGCAGCCAAACUUCCCGCGGGAAAGACAAAGGUUGUCGACUCUGUCGAAGAAGGUGUCAAGAGGGCCGACAUCAUCUUCAACAUCCUUUCUAAUGACGCCGUGGUGAAGGGAACUUUCGACACCAUUCUCAAAGGGGAUGUUGCAGGCAAGCUGUUUAUUGAGUGCUCUACGAUCGCCCCGGAGACUACGGAAGAAAUUGCCAAGUCAACAAUAGAGAAAGGGGCUGAGUUUAUUGCGAGUCCCAUCUUUGGCGCACCACCCGCGGCCGAAGCAGGCCAACUGAUUUUCGUUCCGGCAGGGCCCAAAUCGAGCAUCGAUAAACUACGACCCUACAUUAAGGGUGUGAUGGGCAAAGCCGAGAUCGCCUUCGACGAUAAACCAGUAGGGACGUCGUUGAAACUGAAACUUCUCGGCAACAGCUUCAUCAUCAACAUGAUAACGCAACUAGGCGAGGGGUUCGCAGUAGCGGACAAAACCGACAUAGGCCCGGACGCUCUCAAGCAAUUCCUAGACCUGAUGUUCGGCGGCGUGCACAGCCUGUACGCGCAGCGCAUGACCCAAGGCACGUACUGGAAGAUGGCGGAGCCGCUCUUCUCAGCCGACAACGCGCGCAAGGACGUCGGUCAUGCCAUGAAAAUGGCCAAAAAUGCUGGUGCCGAGCUUAAGCUGACGAAGGUCGCGGAUGACUAUUUGAAGAGCGUUGCCGACUAUGCUGGUGGUGAUAAGGGCGACGUCGCGGGAAUAUACGGUGCCGCGAGGAGGAAUGCCGGGUUGGAGUAUGAGAACGAUGCUUAG